GCAAGUAAGGAGUCGGACGCAGAUCAGAGUAAUACCAAUAUUUUCCAACAAGAAGAACACAGUGUGUAAUAGUAAACAUGAAUGUGAGCUUGGAGGACAACAAAGAGCUUCGAGAAUGGCGUUGUGCACAAAGGUGGGAGUGGCUUAUCGAACAAAUGGAGGAAGCGGUUGGUUAUACAUUGCCCUAUGAACUAGUGUGUCUGUAUAAGGAACACAGUUACACCUAUUUGGAUUCUAUAGCCAGUAUGACUGACGCUGACAUGGCCACAAUCGGACUACCUAUAGGAAUGUAUCAUGUAGCAAGGAAAAUCACCACUUACGUUAACGACAAUAUUGAUGUUCUGAGAAAACGGAUCGGCAAAUUUAGCAGAAUCGAAAAAGUCGGCCAGAAGGUAUCUUCACCUAAAUCAAAUACAUUAGCACCUGAACAUGAAAAGAUGUUCUUGCUGGCAAAUUCAACUCUAACCAGGAAAGAAGAAGAAAUCUUGAUCAGCAAAGCCAAUCACUUUAUUCACACUAAAAUGAAGCGGAAAGACGUCGUAACAAAGGCUGAAAUUGCGGAGAACUAUUAUAAAGUUUCUGCAAGAGUUACAUGUCCGAUGUGCAACAAGGCAAUUUGCAUUCAAGCAGAACGAUCAAAGAGGGAUUGUGAACUUUUGUAUAAGUUCUUCAACCUCAAGCGUCAUUUGAAUAAAGUUUGUCGUGCCACGGUAAUCACAUCAACUUCAGACUUUCUACCUGCCUGGGAAUCUUCUGCAUACGAGGAAAGCCAGUCAAAUGUUCAGGAUGAAGAGGAACUUAUGGAGGUCGACCAAGAUCCCAGUGAACACAACAGCGAAGAGAUUGGAUACAAUGUCCAAGAGAAGACCACUAACCAGUACGGAUCAUCAGUUUCAGAGAGCAGUACGUACCAUCGACGUCCUGUUAGGAGGAGACUAUUUGUGGAGUUGUCUGAUAUAAUGGAAGAUGCUAUAUGAAGACAAAUUUUUUAACAAAAAUAAAUAAAUCUUUUGUACCACCUUGUUUUAAAAUGAAAUAA